UGUCAUUUUACUAUAAAUACUCUAUUGAUAUGGCAGCACCUCUCAGUGAGAUUCAUUUGCGAAGAUGAUACACCAUAGCAUAUAUAAUUAUGUCCGGAAAACUUGGACUAUAUGUGUUUGGCCUCUCUGGUGUAGAUAAACUCGGUUCUCGGUUUACGCCACACAAAUGACCGCCAAAUACAUCUACGAUUAAAGACAGCAUGCUGUCCGAGGCCAACUGGCCAUGAAUAUAUGAAUCAGCAGAACUGCCAUUUCAAACUUGAAAUCAAGAAAUGCUCUGCCAACCGAAUAAUGGCCGACCACCUCGCUGCGCCGAAAUGAGCCUCGGCAAUCUCCCCGCAAUAGCCUGAAGCUACCCCAAGUUUAAAGCAUGGGGUUGCAUAAUCAUCAACUGAUAUCUGAUAACCUUUUUCUUUUCACCAGUCUAGCUACUACUCGUUCCUAUCGAUAAGCAAUCGAAUUCCAUACAAUGGCCGACCCCAACGCCAUCACCCUCACCUACCAAGGCCGCAUUGCGAUAAUAACACUUAACCGUGCCGACAAGCUCAAUGCCCUCAACACCAAUCUCUACCACCUUCUUGGUGAGCGGCUCCGCGAAGUCGAGAAGCGAGAUGAUAUCUUCAUCACCGUCCUCACGGGAACAGGCCGGUUCUUCUCUGCCGGCGCAGACGUAAACGCAACAGGACCAACUCGAAGCCCCACCUCACAAACCGACGAGCAGCGUCGCCAGCUACUGGGUUUCCUCGCCAUGAACAACCUCGACCUCACGCGUACAUUCUACAACCACCCCAAGAUAUUAGUCGUUGCUCUCAAUGGCCCUGUCGUUGGCCUGAGCGCCGCCAUUGUCGCAUUUGCAGACUUCAUCUACGCCGCUCCCCAUACCUUCCUCCUGACGCCUUUCUCAUCGCUCGGCCUGGUUGCUGAAGGUGGCGCCUCGCGCGCAUUUGUCGAGCGGUUGGGUAUAUCCAAAGCUAAUGAGGCGUUGAUCAUGAGCAAGCGGAUCACGAUUGACGAGCUGACGGGUACGGGGUUUGUGAAUAAGGUCAUCUCCGCGCCAUCAGGGAAGCAGGACGAUUCAGCCGGGUUUUUGAAAGCCGUUUUGGCCGAGGUCGACGAUCGCUUGGGUCUGCAUCUGAACCAGUCGAGUCUGCUCAAGAUCAAGGAGCUAAUCCGUCGUCCUGAACGCGAGAAUUUGGAUAAACAGAAUGUUUUUGAACUGUAUGGGGCAGUGGAGCGGUUCGCUGCUGGUAUUCCACAGGAGGAGUUUAGGAAACUUGCAAGUGGAGAGAAGAAGCACAAACUAUGAGAAAGUUUGUAUGUAUUCGCAGAGUAAUGGUUUCUAUAUUCAAAUCUUAGGCUGGUCAUAUUAGUUUCGCUUGAUAGAUUAG